ACUCUCAGCCGGCUAUUUUAUUACAAUCCGCUCCCGUCUCAAAAGGCCAAAACCUCGUUCUCGUGUAAAUUACAAUAAAAAGCUUAAGAAUCUCCACAUUUUCCACCAAAUUUUCAAUUAAAGUAUAAAAUAUUUUUUUCUAAUGGCCAAUAAUAAUAUUUUGUGUGAAGAAGAUAAGAGCUUGGAAGAUGAGGUGUGGAAUGAUCUAAUUGGAAUUCCAUCAGAUGUUCCGCAUCAUCGAGAUGUCUGUGAGAGAUGCAGGCGUCCAUCGACUGUGUGCUGGUGCCCACAUUUACCCUCAACCCCCCUGAAUCCCAAAUCACGCGUUGUGAUCUUGCAGCAUCCAGCGGAAGAGAAGAGAUGCCUCCAAACUGCAAAGAUGCUCUCACUGGGACUUGCCACAAAUAAAUGUCUUGUCUUCCGUGGCAAGAAAUUCCCAGCUCCAAAGCACGAAGCUACCCUUAGGGAGAUUCUUGAUGAUCCACGUUCCCUUCUUUUGUAUCCAAGUAAAAAUUCCGUUCCACUGGAGGAGAUUUCAAUGGAAGGUGGACCUUUUAAUCUUAUUCUGCUGGAUGGGACGUGGUCCCAGGCGAAGGCAAUCUAUGCUAGCAAUUCAGCUCUCCACCAUAUGCGCCAAGUGAAACUAAUCACAACAGGGAAUAGUAAUUACGUGAUAAGAACUCAACCAACUGAAGGGUGCUUGAGUACACUGGAAACAGCAGCGGAAGUGCUAUCAAUUGUUGAAUGCGAUGACGUUUACCGGGAGCAGCUGCUGAAGCCACUUCAUGCUCUCUGUGAUUUCCAGCUGCAGAACGGUGCUGUAACCCACCAAUCCAAAGAAUUCCUCAUAAAGACCAACAAGUAUCCCAAAUUAAUCGGUCGACGCCUGCGGAAGCUCCUCAGGCAGACGGAAGUAACAGAAACAGAAAGGCAGUGAAGGAUUAAUUUUUAUUGCGAGCUCGGACAAAGUAUGGGAGGACAUCCAAUGGGGCUCUAUAGCUAGGUAACCACCGAGGUCCCUGGUAGAGUGAACUGUUAUCAUUGCCAUCGCGCCAUAUGCCAUAUGGGAGGAAUAUUCCUCUCUCCAAAGAAUUUGGCUUCAACACCGGAGCCACGAUAAUGUCCUCACCCAGGAGAUACUCUACGAAAAAAGACAAAAAAAAUUAUUAAAAUUAAUUAGAAAAAAAAUGUAUUGCGGAUUUGCUACGAAAAAAAAAAUUAAGAAUUCUUGGCCUUGAAAAAUAAGAAACGAAAUCAAACCAAAGGUCAUCAUGUAUUAGGGACAUCUAUCUAGAAGAGAUAUCCAUGAUUCCUCUGUAGCUAUGUUGAUCCGCAAAACCAUGUGUAGCAAAACAAAUUAUAUUAGAUCCUUGUUUCAAUAAAUUAAUUUAAUUUAAAUUCAACAAAUAAA